GCCCCAGAUCCUGCUCUUUCUGCCCUUAUCCAUGUUCUUUUGGUUCCCGGGCAGUUUCGCGCUGCUAGACACAGACGGAGGCUGGCUGACAAGCAGGCACGCCGCGUUGUCAGAAGAUGGCAGCUGUACGGUGGAGAGACGGGACCCCUCCCUGACUUUUUCCCAGUUUAUUCAACAGUAUGCUUUCUCUCGGCCAGUAAUUCUUCAGGGAUUAACUGACAAUACCGAAUUCCAGGCUCAAUGCACCAAAGACCAGCUGCUGGCCACAUUCGGAGAACAUCUGGUUCGUCUCAGUACUGCCAACACCUACUCUUACCACAAAGUGGAUCUACCCUUCCAAGAUUACGUGGAUCAUUUGCUGGAACCACAGGAUCUGUCUUCCCUUGGAAGUGAUACGCUCUACUUCUUUGGAGACAAUAAUUUCACUGAAUGGGGGUCCCUCUUCAAGAAGUACAACCCACCACCUUUCAGGAUUCCAGGCACCACGGGAGCCUACAGUUUUGGGAUUGGGGGCUCCGGUUCGGGGGUGCCAUUUCAUUGGCACGGGCCUGGCUUUUCGGAGGUCAUCUUUGGGAGGAAGCACUGGUUCCUGUAUCCUCCAGAGAAAACACCGGCAUUCCACCCCAAUAAGACGACUCUGUCCUGGUUCCUGGAUACGUACCCUUCCUUGCCGCCGUGGGAGAAACCGGUGGAGUGCACCAUCCAUCCAGGAGAGGUUCUUUAUUUUCCGGACCGCUGGUGGCACGCGACCCUCAACCUGGACACCAGCGUUUUCAUCUCGACCUUCCUGGGUUAGCAGCUCCACAUGACACCUCCUGUA